AUGAAUGAAUCCUACAGGAACUGUUUAUCACUAUACAGUGUAGAAGUCAACGAAGAUCGGUCCAGUCUUGAAACAAGUGAAUCUUCUAGAGGACUUUAUGAUAUCAUAACCAUUGACUAUGUUUUGCCGAUUGAAUCAGCUAGGGCGUGGUUUAUUCAAAUUGUGACGGAUCAUUUUAUCGAUGAUAGUCUGAUUGAGGUGUUUGAUUCUGAUGCUGAUUAUGGUGAUCAAGACAAGAUGAACAGAGGUUAG